AUGACCGAAAUUGUAGAACAAAAUGGAAAAAGUAGGUUGAAGGAAAUAAAUUCAACAAGAAAAAUAGUUCAAAAUUUCUAUUUACAGUUCUGCAAAUUCAACGAGCGGAAACCUAUUCCGAACUUCUACAUUUGAAUGGGACAGAUUUAACUAAAAAAAAUUUCGAAUUGAAUGUUGUGCCGCAAAAACGAAAAUGUACAAAAUGCAAACGGAUUGUGUCUGCUGCCGAAGAAUCCCCUGGUUUGAUAAGCGUAAGUUGUUAAGUUUGCCAAACUAUCGUAACCUAUAAAUAUUCCAGAUCCGAUGCUCCAAGUGUAUGAUAAGGAUAGCACCACGAUCAAAUACAAUUUUUGCGAAAUCCCAUUUAACAUGGAUAAAAAUCAUGGCAAUUUUGAAUUUGUACUCCCAGAAGUAAGUUACAUGAUUAAAAAUGAUCGAAAGAUUCAACAAAUUUUCCAGAAACGAUAUUCAAACGAUACAUCAAAAAACAAAAAUAUCGAUAGUGCAAGUUUCCACAAUUGUUGGAAAUUUAAGCGAUAUCCAUGUAACGUGAGUUUUAGUUCAAAGGGUGGGAAAUUUUCUUGUAAGUUUAUAAUGCUUCGACGACUCUAAUUUCAGAAAGCAUUCGAGAGAAAUUAUGCGAUUUUCAACAAGAAGUUUCCUAAGCAAAUGUAGGACAUUGUAUAACAUCGCUGCGCCAAAGUAAGUGCUCACUGCUGCUCUUCAAGCAAUGAUUUGUUUUUUUUCAGUAAGAUUGCAUCACCUGAACGAAAAGUGAACGAAGUUUUCGAGUUCCAUGUUAUUGACUAUUAUACUAAGAACAUCGUAGAAAACGAGAUUUGA